AUGGCCGAGAAUGUCGCAGAUCUCCUAGAGUACGAGAGCACACACGUUCACCAAGUCUAUGAAGAGAUCGCGACUCAUUUUUCCUCCACCCGAUACAAGCCAUGGCCGGUGGUGGAAGGCUUCCUGCGCAGUUUACCAGCCGGAUCUGUAGGCUUGGACAUUGGCUGCGGUAACGGGAAAUACUUGACGGUGAACAGGAAUGUGUUUAUCAUUGCCUCGGACAGGUCAAAGGCUUUGAUCGACAUUGCCGGUCAACACGAACCGCACAGUUCCAUUAUCGCGGAUACCCUCGCUCUCCCACAUCCAAACUCCACUUUCGAUUUCGCCAUCUCCAUUGCUGUCAUUCACCACCUUUCAUCGAACGCGCGUCGGAUUCAAGCCAUAAAAGGGAUCCUGCAUACACUGAAACCACCAUUGAAAGACACCUCUGGAGGCCAAGCUUUGAUAUUUGUAUGGGCGCUUGAGCAGAAGAACAGUCGAAGAGGUUGGGAUCAUGGUGACACACAAGACGUUCUGGUUCCCUGGGUUCUCAAGCCAAAUCACCACACCCAAGGAAACAGCUCAGGAGCCACAUACCAACGAUACUACCAUCUGUACCGAGAAGGUGAACUUCAGGACGAUGUUGCAGCCGCCGGUGCUCGCAUAGUCAAGUCAGGAUAUGAUCGGGACAACUGGUGGGUCAUAAUUGAGCGUCCAAACUGA